ACUGGCACGCUCCAUCGGUCCAUGGGGUCCUCCAAAAUGGCUGAGGGGUUCCAGAGCAAAGUGGUAGCACCUCGUAAUCCAAAGCUAAUCGGAGAGGCAGAGGAGCCUGUAACUUUGACUCCCUCUGCCUUCCUGAAGGAGAUGUCUCUCACCACCAAGCAGAGGCUGGCCAGCACUCGGGAGAUGAGGUGGCCCCGGAUUAUCCAGCCUCUAGACAUGAGUGAAACCUCCCAUCAAAAGUUCUCAGCAGUUGACCUGGAACAGAGCUUGUUUCAGCCUUUCCCAUCCGAGGUGGUAUUUCAGAACUACGUCCCCUGCGAGGUCUACGAAGUGCCACUGAUUCUGAGGAACAACGACACAGUUCCUCGGCUGGUGAAGGUCAUCUUGGAGAGCUCACCUUAUUUCAAGCUGAUCAGCCCCAGCAAUGCAUGCCGUAAGGUAGCACCUGCCAUGACUUCAACUUUCCGCGUCCUUUUCACCCCUGAGGAGAACAAGGAUUAUCGCCACCAGCUCACCUGCAUCACAGAAAGGGAAAAAUUUAUUGUGCCCAUCCGAGCUAUAGGUGCCCGGGCUAUCCUGGACUUCCCCGACCAGCUGAACUUCUCCGUCUGUCCAGUCAAGUCCAGCACCCAGAAAACUCUGCUGGUUCGCAACAUCGGCAAUCGGGAGGCCCGCUACUGCAUCAGCACUCAGAGCCCUUUCUCUGCGGAUCCCUCCAUCGGGACUCUCGGCAUCGGUGACACCAUGCAAGUCACGGUGGAGUUUCACCCGCUGAAAACGGGGGAUCAUUCCAGGUCCCUGGUGGUUCACUACGACACGGGAGAAGAUAUUCACACAAGCCUUUAUGGAGCAGCUGUAGAUGUCAACAUCAGGCUAGACAGGAACUCCUUGACGGUUGAGAAGACCUACCUCGCACUGUCAAACCACAGGUCCGUGGUCAUCCACAAUCGGAGUGAAAUCAUAGCCCACUUCCAGUGGAAGGCUUUUGUUACUCAGGAAGAGGAGGAUCAGCAGAAGCUGAGGCUGUGUCACAGGCUGCGGAGGCAGGAAGAGGACCAGACGGAUUACUUCCUCCAGGAGUGCUCGGUGGACCCCGCUCUCCGAGAACGCCUUUCCCUUCUCUCCCGCGCCUUCCAGAACCAGAGAGCAAAGGUGCAAGGAGACUCCAUACUUUUCUCCGAUGACAUCUUCACCAUCGAGCCGGUGGAGGGAGAUGUCUGGCCCAAUUCUUCGGCUGAAAUUAAUGUGAUCUUUAAACCCCGAGAAGCCAGAAUCUAUCAACAAACGGUCUACUGCGACAUCUCAGGCCGUGAGACCAGGCUGCCCCUGCGCAUCAAAGGGGAAGGCAUAGGGCCCCGGCUCCGCUUCAGCUUUGACCAGCUGGACAUCGGGAAGGUUUUUAUUGGAUCGGCCCACAGCUAUGAGGCGAUCCUGUUUAACAAAGGAGCCAUCAAUGCUCUCUUCAACUUGGUCCCUCCAGCUACGGCUCUGGGCUCCUGCUUCACCUUUCUCCCCGAGGAGGGUGUCAUUUUGCCAGAUGAGCUCCAAGCCAUCCAGAUCUCCUUCAGUUCCACCAUCCUGGGCAAGUUCAUGGAAGAAUUCCGGUUCAAUGUCAAUGGAGCCCCCGAGCCUGUGACCUUGACUAUCAGGGGCUGCGUCAUCGGACCCACCUUUCACUUCAGCGUACCUUCCCUCCACUUCGGCGAUGUCUCCUUUGGCUUUCCUCACACCUUGUCCUGUCGCCUCACUAACACCUCCUUGGUGCCCAUGUCCUUCAACCUUCGCAUACCUGGGGACGGCUUGGGAGAGCCCAGUGUCACCAGUUCGGUUCAGAUGUCGGACAACACUCGCCCAUCCUGGAGGAAGGGGGCUCGCGGUCAUGUCAAACCAACCGAAUUUACCAUAACGCCUUGCAGAGGGACCAUCCGCUCCCAGGGAUUCCUGGAUAUCCAGGUCACCCUGUGUUCCAACACUCUGAAGAGAUACGAGCUGGCGCUGGUGAUGGACGUGGAUGGGGUUGGCACAGAGGUGUCGGCGCUGCUCCUCACAGCCAGGUGCGUCGUUCCUCCGCUGCGAGUGCUCAACCCCGUCGUGAUUUUUGGACGGUGCCUUCUCAAAUUCCCUUAUCGGCAGAUGCUGACCCUGGUGAACGACAGCGAUCUCGCAGGCUGCUACAGGGUUCUUCCUCAGGAAUGCAAGAAGGAUGCCGCUGUGUGGUACUCCAGCCCCGUGCCGUGUGGGAUCAUCCAGCCUCACAGCUCAGUGGAGGUCCCGUUGGUACUGGAAGCCCAGGUGCUGGGAGAGCAGGACACUGUCGCUCACGUCGCGGUGUUUGGCAAUGAAGGAUCCCCACUGAAAAUGCAUUUAGUAAGCACUGGAGAAGGACCAGUUGUCUACGUGCAUCCCAGUAAGAUAAAUUUCGGCAGUAUCAGAGUCCUACAAGAUGCUUCCCGAACUCUCCACCUCGCCAAUCAGACUGCCAUCCCUGCAUCCUUCUCGGCGGAGAUGGCUGGCAAAUGCUCGUGCUGGAGGAUUGAACCCAGUAAGGGAGUGAUCCCCCCCGAGACCGAGGUGUCUGUGACUGUCAUAGCAAACCUGGAUGAUACUGAAAAAUUCAAGGACGAGGUGAACCUGUUCAUAGAGAACAGCCAUACUUACGUCAUUCCCGUCCGGGCCGUCGGCAUCGGCACCACAAUUGUCACCGACAGACCCUUUGACCCGGAGCUCAGCUUGGGGCCCCACUUCAGCCUGGAUCCCUGCUAUUACCGCUUCAAGAUAACCAACAAAGGGCGACGCACCCAUCAGCUCUAUUGGACAACGGAAGGUUUCGCCCCGUUUCGACAGCGUGAUCGUCUCCCUGCCAUUACUAACACCAAGGGCAAAGAUUCCUCCGAGAGCUCCAAACCUGCCUGCCCCGUGUUUAAGCUUCGACCGCUGAGGAUGGAGCUGAUGCCUGGCAAGACUAUGGAGAUGAUGCUGGAAGGCUCCUCCAGCACCCCCCAGGUGGUGAAGGAGCGGCUGCUGUGCCACGCUAUCGUGGGGAGCAAGGUGGGGAAGGUGCUGAUCAUGCAAGUGGAUGUCACAUGCGAGUUCGUUGCUCCUGUUCUGCAAAUGUCCUCCAGAGAAAUCACUUUCCGGGUGGAGAAGCAACCCAGCAAUGUCCUCACUCUUCAGUACGAGCCCCUUUCUUUAAAAAACAUGUCCUCCCUGCCACUCAGCCUUCUCCUGGCCUUGGAGCAACCCUUCGUGAUCUGCGAUGCGGACCAGCAGCCCCUCCCUGCAGAUGUUCAGCCCAUGAAGCUGGAGAUAGGGGAGGAACUUCAUCUCUCCAUCAGAUUUAACCCGGCUUAUGAAGAGGAUUUGAGUGUCCGGGUAGUAGAGAAGGUUCUGAAGAUACAGUUUCUUGAGCAUCCUCAGAAGGAGCAGAUCACUGUUCGGGGCGAAGUCUACUUUCCGAAUCUCUGUAUCCAGACCACGGCCGUGGACUUUGGCUGCAUCUUGAAUGACACUGAAGAUGUGCGUUACAUCGAGAUGACCAACUGCAGCCCACUCCUUGUCCAGUAUCACUGGUCCUUCCUGACGGACAGCCACGUGAGCCAGAUGAGGUUCAGCCCUCCAGCACCUAAAUUUUUCAUCAAACCCCGGCCACGGAAGGAAGAGGCAGCCCAGUCGGAGCGCUCAGAGUCUGCAGAGAGCAGCUCCAGAGAUGGGGGCGCAGAGGAGCCAGCCGAAGCCCUGGGAACCGUGGGGGAUCCUGCCCAAGAGCCAGCAGAUGACUCCCUGGAAGCAAAGCUGCUGCCAUCCGCUGCUGGGGAGCUGGAAGGUGCUGCGGAGCUGGAAGGUGCUGCAGAGACUCAGAGCUCGGUGAAGAUCAAGGAGUUGAUGCAGUUCGUAGAGACAGAACCUCUCACCUUGGGAGUGGAGGAGGUUUUUGACAUCCUGCCACUGUACGGUGUGCUGCAGCCGGGCGAGAGCCAGCGGGUCACGUUCACCUUCUUUGGCCACGCAAACAUCGUCGCCCGUGUCAUGGCGCUCUGCAGGGUGGAGGGAGGCCCGACCUACGAGGUUGCAUUGAGCGGGGAGGCUUCGCUCAUCAACUACCUCUUGGACAUCACGGAGAUCGACUGCGGGCUGCAGCUGUUCAACGAAGUCACCCAAGCGGAGGUCAGCCUGCGGAACAGCGGGAAGGUGGGAUUCACCUACGCGGUGCUGAGCCCCAGCGCGGCCGCUGCUGCCAGCCCCCUGCCCGGCGUGCCCCUGGCCGUGCCCAGCACGGGUUACAUCGGACCUGGCAAGGAGCAAGUGCUGAAAGUCUAUUACCUGCCAGGAGCGCCUGGAAUCUUCUGCAGGACUUUCCAGAUCCAAGUGGGUCACCUGGAGCCAGCAGAAAUUUCCCUCAAAGGAGAGGGGAUCUUUCCCAGGAUCUACUUGGACCUGCCCAGGAGCAUCAAAGGAAAUGAAAAAUAUGAGAAGGUGCUCAAGGAAGUGAAAGAGAAGAUGGGAAAUGACAGCCGGAGAGAGGAAGCAGUUGCUCUGGGGGAGGCUGCGGCCACAGAGCCAUCCACGGACGACUGGGACACCGUGUGGGACCCUCGGCUGCAGAUGCAGAUGGAGCAGAUGCUGAUAGAGGAACAUGCCCUGGAGCUGCAGAAAGCUCUCGCCUCCGGUCCCCCGGGGAACGCCGCCUUUGACCAGCGUGCUCGUCGGAGGCUUCUCAAAGCUGAGCUGCCCGAGUACGUCCUGGACUUUGGCUACGUCAUUCUCGGUGACAUCCACACACACAUCGUGAAGAUCACCAACACCGGGCAGUUCCCUGUGUCCUUCCACGCCGUUGGACGGGUCCUGCGUGACACAGGCUUCAGCGUGGAGCUGGACCGUGUGAAGCACCUGCCCUACUGCGAGACAGAAACGUUCGAAGUGCGCUUCGACCCACAGAGCGCUAACCUGCCGCUGGGAGAGGUGGACGUGCUCCUGCCUAUCAAGGUAGCAGGAGGUCCCACGUUUCAUGUCCGCCUCCGUGCCACCGUAGCUGUGCCAUCCCUCUGCCUCUCCAGGGACAGACUGGAGUUCUCUGCUGUCCAGUGUGGGCAGUGCCAAGAAGAAACCAUCCAACUCCACAAUCGGCUCCAGCUCCCCUGUAAAUGGUUCAUCACCGUGAAUGAGCCUGUUAAAAAGGUGGACAAACAUUUGCCCGCGAAUGUGCGUCGGAAGCUGCUCCAGGAGUUGAAGGCCAAGCCCUGUGCCUUUGAGGCGCUGCCGGCGGCUGGAGCCCUCAGUCCAGGACAGCGAUGCAACGUGAGAGUCAGGUUUUCACCCACGGAAGAGAAGUCCUACAGAAGCAAGCUGAAGAUUCACAUUUGCCAGAGCAGCCAACACCUCCAGCUGCAGGUCUCGGGCCAUGGGCUGGAGCCACAGCUGGAGUUCAGCCCCCUGAUGCUUGAACUGGGACCGUUGCUGCCGUACAGCCGUGGGGCUGAGGGGACAGUGGUGGUGAGGAACCCAUGCGAGUUCCCCAUCGAGUUUUACUCGCUGGAGUUCGACCAGCAGUACCUUGCUGAGGAGCAGAUCCUGCGGAUGCUGAAGGACUACGAUCGCCGCAACACCUUGUUGCUGCCGCCGCGUGCUCCAGGCGAGAAGCUGCCCCCAGAGGUGCUGGAGUACUAUCAGGACCAGAAGAGGCUGCAGGAUGAGCAGGCAAAGUCCCAGACUGGGGAACCAGCAGGCCAGGACAACGAGCAUCGGCGAAGCACCACCAGCAGCAAGGAGGCCACGGGAGAACUGGAGGACAGCCCUGUCCGUAGGGCCAUCGCCCGCCACCUUGGCAUUGAUAUCUCUGCGGAAGGGUGCGCAGCCCAAAACUGCAAAGGGAUCGUCGUCAUCGUCCACGGGGCCCCCAUGACAGGCAAGACGUCGGCAGCGGUCACCCUGUCCAAAUACUACGGCGCUGCCUGCUUGUCCAUCGACGCCGUGGUGACAGAGGCCAUCUCGGACAGGAGCAGCUCGGCAGGGCUGCGCGCCCGGGAGCUGUGUGUCAGGGCUGCCAUCGAGCAGAGCUGCAGGGAGACGGAGGAUGCCGGUCAAAACGCAGACGUCUCCCUCAGCCUGCAGCUCAACACCGAGGCCAAACACAGCCCGGACUUGAGCCGGUCCAGCUCUGGGGACAAAGUCAGCCUGCAGUCCGUCAGUUCCCGAGGCUGGACGAGCACCGCCGCGGGGAAGAGGAAGACGGAUGGCCAUGCAUCCCAAUCCCAGAAGCUGCAUCUACCGGAACCGACAGGCUCCCAGGGCUCAUCCAGUUGUCAUCUCAUCUCUCCCCUUCCCUGGGUUCCUGCACAGCGAUGGCUGAGCAUCGGGGGCAGCACAGCGGGAGAGAUGGGCUUCAUGAGCUGCGUGCUGCCCGAGGACCUGCUGGUGGCCAUCCUCUCGGAAAGGCUGCAGUUAAGUGACUGCUACCAGGGAGUGGUGUUUGAUGGCCUGGAGACCCUCUUUGCACGCAACAUGGCAUCUGCUCUCCUCUGCCUGCUCAAAGCUGUCAGAAACCGGCCUUAUAUCUAUUUUGUGAACCUCUUCCAGGAUUAUGCUUCUUUGAAAGCCAGGGAGGCAGCCGUGAAAGAGCAGGAAGAACGGGAGCAGGAAGAAGCUGCCAGGAGGGAGAAAGCACGUCUGUGGGAGAUGGAUGAGGACGAGUAUGAUGCCCUCACUGAGGAGCAGAAAACUCAGUUUAAUAACAAUAUACGACAAGUCCAGCGGGAGAGGAAGAAGAGGGAGAUGGAGCAGCUGGCUCGAGAGCUUGAGGAAAAGCACCAGCGGGAGCUAGAACGCUUGAAGGAGGAAGAAGAGCUGAAGAAGAAGUCUAAGCGGGGCAAGAGAGAGCUUGGAAAAGACAAAGACAAUGCUUUGGGGAAGAAAAACCGCCCUGGAGUCAGAAAGAAUACGAACACAUCCACCAGCAAUACCAACACCUCCACCAGCAACCGGUCAGAUGUCACCGAAGGGGUGGACAAGAAGGGAUCUCUAAAGGAGCACCCCGAGUCUAUUGCAGGUGACAAGGCGGAUAAGAAGAAGCGGAGCAAGGUUCCCCUGAUGGACGCCUGCCCAGCGAUGGUUGUGCCACCUGCAGACCCAGAACAGGAGGAAACCAAAACUGAGGUCCUGAGUGACAGUGAGAAGAACUUGGCCCUGAGGUUUAAGAUCUACGAGGCAUCGCAGAAGGACAUUGUGCAUAUAUUGUCAACCUGGGACAGGGCUCAGGGUAUCCUGCUGUCCCCUCUGAACGAAGAGGAGGUGCGGCAGCAAGCAGAAGACCAGCGCCAGCAUUUAUCCAGCCGCAAGAGCCGGAAGGACCGAGAGAAGAAGCGUCACGAGAGGCUGGAGAAGGAGCGGCUGGAAAAACUGAAAGCUCUUGAGGAGUCCAAGUUAUCUCAGCUGGAAGGGGAAGGUGCAGAAGGGUCAGUCAGAGGCCAGGAUGCCGGGGUGCCCUGCUUGGACAUCCAGGUGCCGAGCUCAGAAGAUGUGACUAGGAAGAUCCUGGAGAGCGGCAAACUGCCAGCAGCAGAGCAGAUCCUGGAUGAGUUGGGUCUGGGUCCCUCAGGGCCUCCCAUUCCCCCUACUGCUUUUUACUCUGUGAUCCGCUACCCGGAGAAGCGGAUGGCCCCUGCAGCAGGAGAAGCCCUCAAGCACUUCGUCUUUGUCGUGCCAGAAGGUGCCACUGCGGAAGAAGAAAAGAAGGAUACGGACAGUCUCGUGGAUGCCCCCGUUGUGUCCACAGUGAAGGCGUCGGAGGAGCAGCUCACCCCAAGCAGGGGCCGGUUGAGGAAGGAGAAAGCAGCGGGCAGCCAGGAAGCUGUGAGGGAGAAGCGGAGCUCGGGCCGGGGCAGGAGAGGUCUCCAGGGGCCGGGCAUGGAAGCGCCCAUGCGUGCCCCCGAGGUGGACCAAAGCGGCACAGACACAGCCCCAUCCCUGGGGAGAUCCGUCAGGCUGAGCAGCUGCCGGUGGAUAGUGCCUGCCCACGGCGAGGUGGAACUGAAGGUCCACUUCAGCUCCACGGUGCUGGGCCAGUUUGAUCAGACGCUGCAUUUUGAGAUCCUGGGGACAAACCGUCUGUACCAGCUGCAGUGCAAGGGCACCUGCCUGUAUCCCACCAUCAGCCAGGACCCGCGGCUGGUGUUUCCUCACUGGAGGAAGAGCAAGGCGGAUGAUGACAUCAUCUUCAAGCAGUAUGUCAUGAACACGGGUGUAUUCCACUUUGGACCACUGCUGUGUGGGAAGUCAAGAGACUGGUACAAGGCACAGCACUAUCCCAGCAACAGUGAGAAGAUAACCAUCCUCAACGUCACCCCCUUGGAAGCGGAGGUGCAUUUCUUCUUCGAGCGCGAUCUCAAAGCGGACACGUUCUUUUUAGACCCUCCCAGCAUGAGGCUGAAACCUAACGAGAAGCAGGAGCUGAGCAUUUGGGCGUACCCCACUUCAGCUGGCCUCGUGGAAGACAACCUCGUCUGCUGCGUUAAGGAGAACCCGGAGCCGGUGGUUUUCCGCCUCUGCUGCCAGGGGGUGCAGGUGGAGCUGGGGGUCAGCCCCAAGCAGGUGCAUUUCGACAAGCUGCUCCUGCACAGGAGGGACAGAAAGACCCUGGUCCUGCAAAACCGCACGCCGCUGCCCAUGGCCUGGCGGCUCAGUGGGCUGGAGAACCUCGGCGAGGACUUCUCCGUGUCGCAAGAUGAGGGCGUCGUUGGUCCCCGCACGGAGUUCUGCGUCCAUCUGGAUUUCAAGGCCACGAGGGCUCUCAACAUUAAGAAGAUGAUCCGACUAGAGGUUUCGGAUGCAGAAAACGUCCUGGGGAUUGUUCAGAUUGAAAAUAUCCAAAUCCACGCAGAGGCCUACGAUGUUGCUCUGAGCAUCAGCAUUUCUAAAGCUACGGAGGGCAGCGUGGAUUUCGGAACCCUUAAGGUCCUGGAUGAUGCAAAGCAAGUGCUGACUCUGAAGAACAAAGGGAAGUACGAGAUCGCGUACAGUUUCGAGCUGGAAACCGCGGAUACUGAUGUACCCGACAUGGAAUCCCACUUCAGCCUCCAGCCGCAGAAGGGCCUGCUGAGUGUCUCCGAGCGCCCUGUGCAGGUCCAGCUCGUCUUCCACCCCAAGAUGGAAAUGAAUAUCGAGGACAAACCCAUCCUGCGCUGCCAGGUGAUUGAGCCCAACAUCUGCGAAGGAGGCGAGACCAUUGCCAUCAUCCCAGUAAAGGUGUCAGCGAAAGCUGUGUUCAGCAAGUACUGCAUUUCCCCUGCCUCGCUCCUCAGCUUCGGUGCCAUGAUGAACGGCACCAGGAAAACCUGCACCUUCACGCUGGAGAACAAAGGCGUCCUUGACUUUAAAUUCUUCAUCUACCAAGCGGAGCAGGAUGCACCUGUAUUGCCAAGGAAAAGAAGGAAAUCUGCCCCCUCCCAAGACAGUGAAAACUUCAGCAAAAUGACUCCCUCGGUCAAGCAAAGCAAGCCCUCGCUGCAAAAGGACACGAACCCCUUCGUGCAGGCUCGCCUCACUCUAGGCAUGUUCACGGUGUACCCUGGCUUUGGCUCCAUCCCUCCUGGUGCUCAGCAGAUGAUCACGGUGGAUUGCUAUGCAGAGCCACUGGGGACAUGCAAGGAGCACCUGUCCAUCGAUAUCGGCGACAGAGACCCCAAGGACAAUCCCCUUGGCAUUCCCUAUACGCUGUUUGCCGAGUCCUGCCUCCCAGCAUUUGUGGUUGACGACAUAGAGUCCAUCUUUGAGGAGCAUCGGAUCUGCAGCAGCAUCAACCUCUGCCAGAUCCUGCAGAUGGUGCAAGACAAGGGCGUGUUCAUCAGAGAUGAGAACAAGUUUAUCUUCACCAAUGUUCUGGUUGGGCACCGGGCCACAGCUCGCUUCAAGAUCCGCAAUGUGGACAAAGUUCCCUGUGACGUCGUUCUCUCCGUCAAACCUACCUCCAGCAAGCUUAACAGCCGCGUUAGCGACGUUUUCGAGGUGGAUCCUGUUCGGAUGUGCGUGCCCAGCUGCUCCCACGCCUUUGCUACGGUGACCUUUGCUCCGCAAACCAUGCAGAACUACCAAUGCACUUUUGAGGCUUCCCUCGAUGUCCCCGCGAGCCCUGCAGCAAACAAAGCACGAAGCCUGACCUUCGAUAUCAGUGGAGAUGGGAAUCUGCCUCGGGUGACGGUCCUGCGCCCGGUCCUCCACAAUAAGAGAGGGAACCCUCUGCUGCUCUUCAAGAAGCUGUUGCUGGGUCAUUCGGAAAAACGUCCUCUGGUCCUUCAUAACGGUGGCACCGUACCUGUCCAGUUGACGAUAGAUCUGUUGGAUGAAGGGGGAGCUUUCUUCUUGAAAGCCAGGCCCACCACGCACUGCAUCUACCAAGCUGCAGGCAUGGAGGAGGACUCUCCUGGAGAAGAGAGGAAGCCUCAUGCCGCAUCCCUGGUCCUGCAUCACGGGGAAUUAGCAGAGUUUGACGUGCUUUUCAAACCCACCUUGGCCCAACGCGUGGAAGGGAAGAUCCGCCUGUCGGUGGUGGACAACCCCUAUGAAGAGACCAACAUUCAGCUGGUGGGCGAAGGCUACGAGGAUGACUUCACGCUAGAUAACAUCCAUGGACUGGUGGCAGACAGCGAGGAGGAGAUCAUUGAGGGUAACCUGGAGGAAGACAUAAUUGAGGCUGCCAGGGUGGAUCACAUCCAGUUUGGGGACUGUCGCAUUGGGACACCCUACCCCGUGACCUUCACCAUCACCAACCGCAGCAGAGAGGAGGCGAUGCGGUUUGAGUGGCUGGCAGACACCCCCUUUCACUUCUCCCCCAAGGUGGGACACCUCCAUGCUGGCUGUGCUAAGGACAUCACAGUGACCUUGAAAUCGGACGUCGCGGUCGCCUUCAAAAUGCACCCUGUGAAGUGUAAGGUGGCUCGGAUCACCUUCCAGCUGCCGCCAGAGCAGGUUACCGACUGGGACGACCGCCUGCGCACUGUCAAGUGGGUAGAUGCCACGAGGGACCCGGGGGCCACGUGGCCUGUGAAGAAGGAGGUGAUCGAGACAGACCCCGAACCAGCUCACGCCGUCCUGGAGAAGAGCAGCCGCGAGGUGGAGCUUCGCCUCAGCGCUGUGGUUGACUAUGCCGAGUUCAAGCUGGAUGUGGACGCCAUUCAGUUCAAGGAGACCCUGCUCUUCCAGACGAGGAUAUUCAGUUUCCUGCUGUCCAAUACAGGGAAUGUGGCCCUGGAAUACACCUGGAUGGCGGCUAUGGAGGAUGAAAGGGAAGUGAGCCAUACUGGGGAACUGCUCCCGCCCAGUCUGGAUGGGUGUUUCCUCUCCUCCGCCUCUGGUGCCUCUGCGAACCCCCAGCCUAGCCAUUGUUUGCGCCAGCCGAGCCGUGCUCGGGAGCAGGCCUCUUCCUCCCGGAGCUCGUCUCUGAAGACCAUCAGUGCCACCUCGAUGUUCUCUGUCGAGCCCUCCAGUGGCACCAUCCCUGCCGGCCAGAGGCAGCUCUUCCAGAUGAAGUUCUCUCCGGUCUGCGUGGGGGACUUUGAGAGCCGGAUGCUCUGCAGUAUUCCUAACCUGAAGCCAAAUCAGAAGGGCCCAGAGGUGGCUGUGAAGGGGAGAAGCCUGAUGCCAGACUGCCACUUUGAACUGGAAGACUCCGACUACAUCACCGCAAAGAGGCGCAACCCAGAGCUGCGGGGACCAAAGGGGGCAACGUUCGAUCUCAACACAAGAGUGAUGGAGUUUGCGGCAGUUGGAGUGUGCAGCAGGAACAGCAGGACCUUCAUGGUUAUGAACCCAACCGAUUCUGCGUAUUCCUUCCAGUGGACUUGCCAAGACCCUGGAGCCCCACCAGAGCAGGUGGCUUUCUUCUGCCUCACAGAGAGAGGACAGAUCCGGCCACAGAAGAAAGCAGAGAUGCGGUUUGAAUUCAUCCCCCGGCACCUGGACAUCACAGAAUCAUUCUGGGUCUUUACAGUGCCUGAGCAGAGCAUUUCAGUCCCGUUCCUGUUGGUGGGCAACACCACCGACCCACUGGUGACUCUGGACAGGUCCCACCUGAACUUCCACUUGCUGUUAAUCGGGCACGAGGUACACCAGACUAUCUAUAUAAUCAACGGUGAGAAGGAAGCCUUCAGCUUUGCUUUCAGAGAAAGCUCUCUCUUCUCGGAGGCGUGCAACGCCUCCAUGAAAAUAGAGCCCCUGAAAGGCUCCAUCGCUCCUCUUUCAAGGAUUCCCAUUACAGUCUUCCUCACACCAACACUCGAAGGAGAAGUGAUCUUCAACCUCAAGUGCGAUGUCAAGAGGAAGACCCAGCCCCUCUCCUUGAACAUCAAGGCCACUGGCUAUAGCAUGAACGUGUCUGUCAGGUGCGAGGAUGGCGAUGGCUGUGUCACUGAGCUCAGUGCACAACAGAUCAACAUCAUUGAUUUCAAGGAGGUACAGCUAAACGAGAACAUCAAGUGCGUCUUCAGCAUCCACAAUAACAGCAAGUUCAGCUUCACCUUCUCCUGGGAACUGAGCGGCCCCGCAGCCCGUAAGCAGCUCCUUACCAUCACCCCUCGGACAGGCACCGUGGAGGCGGAGGGGAAAGCAGAGACCCAGCUGGCUUUUCACCCACAGAAGAUGUGCUCUUUAAAGGACGUAGAGCUGACGCUGCAGAUCAGCAAGGGUCCCACGUUUACUUGCGCAUUCCUGGCCACCGUGGUAGUGCCCACUCUCCACUUCUCCACCACCAGGCUCAACUUUGGAGCCUGCUUCAUCUACCACGCUGGGAUGCCACCUGCCCGUCAGACCCUCGCCAUCACAAACAAGGCAGACAAGGAUGUGAGUUUGAACUGCUUGUUCACCAACACCGUGCACCUGGAGGUGGACUUCCGAGGAUACGUCCUACGCCCAGGAGAGACAGUGGAGGUGUCCAUCACUUUCUAUCCCAGAGAGGCUGUGUCUUACCAGGAGCUCAUCCCUUUUGAAAUCAAUGGUCUUUGCCAGCAGACUGUUGAGGUCCGAGGAAGAGGCACGGAAAUGAAGGUUGAUGUAAUGGAACCACAAGGGAAGGUGGUGAAGCUGGGAGCCCUUUCCAUCGGACAGACGGUGAAGAAGAUUGUCACCAUAGCAAACAACAGCUCUGCCCCUCUCACUUUUAAGCUCCAUCUCAUGUCCACCACACCAGAGCUGCAAGAAGAUGGGGUUCUCUUCUUGAACACCAUCAGCGAACUAAGUCUGAAGCCCAAAGGAGAUACCUGUAAAGUGGAGGUGAACUUCUCCCCAAAGUGCCGCAUCCAGCCAUUCACCGAAGAAGUGAUGAUGGAGUGCAAUGGCCUGGUGCGCUCCCUCUUCACGGUGCGGGGCUCCUGCCAGGGCAUCCAAGUGAGCUUGGACCAGGAUCACCUCAGCUUUGGAGCGGUGGUGCAGCAGAGCUACACAUGCCGGCACAUCGUCAUGCACAACACGGGCGACAUAGGAGUCGAGUUUGAGUGGGACAUCAAGAGCUUCAAGCCAGAUUUCUCCAUCAGCCCCGCGAAGGGUUACAUCUCCCCAGGAAUGGAUGUCCCCUUCGUUGUGACCUUCUGCCCCUCAAAGCUGAGCCAUUCUAUCCAGUACCAGGGCCUGCAGUGCUUCAUCCAGGGCAGUGAGCCACUCCGGCUUACACUGGCAGGAUGCUGCAUGGAGACCCCUGUGACCAAAGAGACACUGACUUUCACAUGCAACGUGCGCGAGAAGCACAGCCAGACCAUCCUCCUGUCCAACCCGAGCAACGAGGCUUGGACCGUGCAGCCUGUCAUUGAGGGGAAACACUGGAAGGGGCCUGAAUUUUUCCGUCUGGAAGCCAAUCAACAAAACAAGCCUUACAAGAUCACUUAUGCACCCCUAACCAUGACCUCUGAGAACAAGAACCAUCAGGGCUCCAUCUUCUUCCCAUUGCCGGAUGGGACAGGCUUGCACUACCUCUUGCAAGGGACUGCUGAGGCCCCAAAAUGUUCAGGGACCAUUUUCCGGGAGGUACCGUGUAGGACUUCCUACACUGAGAUCAUCCCCGUCUCCAACUGGCUGAACAGACCACAGAGGUUCCUCGUGGUGGUGGACAUCCUCAAACCAGAAAACCUGGAAAGCGGUUCUGUGCUGCAGGGGCUGGAUUACAUUGACGUGCCAGGCUCUGCCAAGAAGGACUACAAGCUCACAUUCCUCUCCUACAAGGAAGGAGUCUUUAAUGCAAUGGUGACCUUCCUCAACGAGGUGACCGAGGAGUACUUGUUCUACAUGGCGACUUUCAAGGCCACCGCUUCGGGACCCAUCAGUACUGUUGAAAUGAGCACCGCUGUUCGGCAGAGAGCAUCUUCCACCGUCAAGGUGGACAACCCUCUGCCUGUCCCGGUGACGUUUGCCAUAGAUUGCAAAGUGCCUGACGUCAACGUUCCCCCGUAUUUCCCUGUUCCUGCGCAGUCGGAGGCUGACCUUGUCAUUGAGUACCAGCCCGUGAAAAUGGGUGAGAGCACCGGGCGCCUGGUGCUCCAGAGCAGCGAUUUGGGCUCUUUCCACUACAACCUGCACCUGAAAGCCACCACGAACAGGCCAGAGAAGCCCCUCUACUUCUGCACCACGCUGGGCUCUAGUCAGACCAUCACGACCAAAAUCAUGAAUUACGCCCGACAGAAGACAGACUACCUCCUCCAGACCAACUGCGUCGACUUCCAGACGGAGAAGACCAUCAACGUGGCUCCCGCCAGCCCAGGGGGCUCGGAGGUGAGCGUGGAGGUGACCUACGAGCCUUGCCAGCUGGGCGAAGCCAGGGCCACGCUGCAGCUCUCCUCCCCGCUUGGGGGGGAGUACAGCAUCCCCCUCUUCGGCCUGGCCCUCCCGCCCAAGCCCCAGGGCCCCUUCCUCAUCAAGGCCGGCGGCACCACCUCCAUCCCCUUCAAGAACAUCUUCCUCCAGCCCACGGCUUUCCAGUACACGGUGGAGCACCCGGCCUUCACCGUCAGGGCCCCCGAGAGCCUGCGCCCCAAGAAAACCGCCUUCAUCACCGUCUCCUUCGAGGGCGGCCCCGGCCCUGUCACCAGCAAGAUGGUGGUCUCCUGCCCCGGGGGGGCCGGCGUCUCCUGGGUCUACUACCUCCGCGGCCUCCCCGCUCACAAGUGAC